AUGGAAGCUCGGACCGAUGACAACACACUACCCGAGAACAGCUACUUGGCGCAGUGGGCCGACGAGGUAGUUGACGCUAUGGAAAAGAUCAAUCGGACACUCAAGCUUCCCCUCAAGUGGAAGCAGCUCCUCAUCGAUCGUGGCUUUGAAGAUGUUCGAGAGACCAUUUAUAAAUGGCCAACUAACACUUGGCCACGAGACAAAACGAUGAAGGAUAUUGGCGGAUGGGGGCUGGCAAACCUUGACUACUUCCUUGAGACAGCGGCUCUUGGCAUCUUAACUAACAUUAAGGGCUGGUCGAAGGAGGAAGUCAUUGUUUUGUGUUCACAAGCGAGGAAGGAGAUGCGGGAUCCAAGGAUCCAUGUUUGGUGGCCUGUAUAUGUCGUUUCUGGUCGCAAGCCAGGUGCUCCAACUCAGGCGCCUGCUGAGCCCUCGACAGCUUGA